CAUAAACCCUUGCCAUGGACAUGCUCGUACUGUCUGUGCCGGGAACUGGAUGCAGCCACUCCAACCAGGACAACGACCCUAAGCACACUUCGUGACAAGUCUCUGAAUGGUCUUGAGUGGCCCAGCCAGAGCCCGGACUUGAACCCGAUCGAAUAUCUCUGGAGAGACCUGAAAAUAGCAUUGUAGCGACGCUCCCCAUCCAACCUGACAGAGCUUGAGAGGAUUUGCAGAGACGAAUGGGAGAAACUCCCCAAAUAGAGGUAUGCCAAGCUUGUAGCGUCAUACCUAAGAAGACUCAAGGCUGUAAUCGCUGCCAAAGAAUUAAAUAGAUGACCUCUGAAAUGGAUGGUGAUGGUGAUAUGGACCCAGGCAGGGACGACUUGCCCCUCAGAGCCAACACCAACCACAUCCUGGUCAGACACUAUGUCUUGGACCUGGACAUAAACCUCCAAACUAAGGUUAUCACUGGUACUGUGGUGCUCUUCCUGGAGCCAGGCCCACUGGCUGGAGAUGGGAAUGGGGCUGGGGAAGGCGCCCCAACCCCACCCCAAACAUCCCAGACUGAUGACUCCUGGGAGGAUGAGAGCCACAGAGACUUUACCUUAGUUCUGGACUGCUGUGACCUCACUGUGUCAAAAGUAGAGGAGUUGGACGUGACCUCUGUGUCAGAUAUGCAGGGUCUCCUAAAGGAGGUCAAGGGUGAGGGGUCAGGUGUUGGCCCACAACCAGACAGCCAAUCAGCUGUGCUCAUUCAGAGGCUGAUCUCCCUACCGUCCACCCAAUGGAAAAAGCAACACCACCUGUACUUCCAGUGCAGUCAUGCCCCUGCUUCUGAGGGUGGGAGACCCCUCAUCUUCCACAUUGACCGCUGGAGCCUGCAGGUGAGGAAGAGGGGGGUUCGGACCAUCCAGGAGUUCCCCCGAGCCCUGAGGGUCUGCUACAAGACCAAGCCGGAGGGAGGCUCUGUCAGGUGGACUAAAGAUCAGGACAACAGGUCAUGUGUUUACACCGCCGGCUCCCCCAUCAACAACCGUGCCCUCUUCCCCUGUCAGGAGCCUCCUGUCGCCAUGUCGACGUGGCAGGCCCAGGUACGAGCCCCUAGGGAGUGUGUGGUUCUAUUGAGUGGAGAGAACCAGGCCCAGCCCACACACCUGCACCACACAGGUCUCUCUAGCUGGGACUACUAUGUAACUAUGCCUAUGCCUGCCUCCACUUUUACCUUGGCAGUGGGUUACUGGCGCCAGGCCACAGCACAACUUUCCACAGCACAGCUUACCCCUCCUGUGCAGGGUACAAGGGCUGGGGCCUCCCAUACGCAUGCUGGCAGCUUGGACCUGAAUCCAUUCACCAACAUGGACCAUCCCAUCAUCACCAGCCCACAGUCUACAUUAGUCUACUCAGGCCUGAAGGAUGAGAAGCACUCUGAGAGCGACUGCUCAGGUCUGGGCGAUGACAACUUCACCUGUUGCCAUGCGGAUUACCCCUGUCCAUUCACCGACCCAUCCGCCUGGAGCCAAGAGGUGGUCCCUCACCGGAUGUUUGUCCCGUCCUCUCUGCUGCAGAAGGCCCAGGUCCAGGUCCUCCCCCUUCUGCCUGGCUGCCUGGCUGCAGCCCACGCUACCCUGGGUGUCCAUCCCUUCCCCCGCCUCGACGUACUCAUCGUCCCAGCAAGCUUCUCUAGUCUGGGCAUGGCCAGCCCCCACAUCAUUUUCCUGUCACAGAGUGUGCUGUGUGGAGACAGAGAGGGAGACGGAGAGGGAGUUGGAGGAGAGCGGGGCCUGUCUCUGUGUGGGUCUCGUCUGUGCCAUGAGCUGUCCCACUCGUGGUUUGGCCUGGCCAUCGGGGCCCGGGACUGGACAGAGGAGUGGAUCAGUGAGGGCUUUGCCACCUACCUGGAGGACAUUAUCUGGGCCCGGGCACAGCAGUUGUCCAGCAAAGAGACAGAGGAACAGUCUCAACUCAAGGCUCUGCUGAGGUGGAGGAGACUCUCAGACGAACUACAGAACUCCGAGGAGCAGCUGCAGAUCCUCAGGCCCAACAUGGAGAGUACAGGCCAGGUCAGUGAGUCUGGGUCGUCCCUGGUCAAACAUGCCCUCAACCCUGAGAAAACCUUCAUGCAAGUCCACUACCUCAAGGGCUACUUCCUCCUCAGGUUCCUGGCCAGUAAAGUAGGACUUGAAUACUUCCUCCACUUCUUCAGACUCUUUAUAAAGAAAUACCAUGGACAACUGAUUCUCUCUCAGGAUUUCUUGCAAAUGCUGCUGGAGACCUUUCCUGACAUGGAGCGACAAGGCCUAACCCUCGAAGCUAUUUAUGCAGACUGGCUGGAUCGACCAGGAGUUCCUAAGUGGCUGUGUGAAGGGAGUGUCGUAUGGACACAGACUCGGCUGGUGGAAGACGUCAAAGCAGAGGUAGCAAAAUGGAUUGGUCUCAGUCCGAGCGUUGGAAAAGGCAGAAAGCGGAAGAAAGCUGGACUGAACGUGAACUUCAAAGAGGUGAUGCCGGAGCAGCUGGUGUUGCUAUUGGAGAUUCUGCUGGAGGAGGCGGAGCUAAGUGUGACAUCACUACGUACGAUCAAGAGAACCUACGAUCUACCGAAGCAGGACGCUGAGGUGAGGCAUCGCUGGUGUGAACUAGUGAUCAAACACAAAUACGCUCAGGCUUAUGGAGAUGUGGAGCACUUCCUCAUACACGACCAGGCCAUGGGUGUUUAUCUGUACGGGGAGCUGAUGAUUCAAGAGGACUCUAGACAACAGGCCCUGGCCAGGCGCUGCCUCUCAUUGGUCCAGAAUGAAAUGGACCAAUCAGCUCACAGAGUGGUAGAGGAGAUGGUCCUAUGAGGGGGCACACAAAAGGCUGCCCAGCUGCCCGCCUUGGGACAUGGAAGGGAGAGGAAACACUGAGAAAGUAAUGCUCUCACUACUUCCCCUCCAGACAGGAAGACCAAACGCCAACCUGUUUUCUUUCCUGCAUGAUCAAUGAAGUUAAAGCACUGUACUGUACAUACUAAUAGAAAUAGGUGAUGUGUAGAUAGGCCUGCGUCCCAAAAUGGCACCCUAUUUCCUAUAUAGUGCACUACUUUUGACCAGUGCCCUAUUAGCCCUUUGACUUUGGGCAAAAGUAGUAAACUAUAAUGGGAAUAUGGUGUCAUUUGGUACGCCCAUAGUUACGUUCUCCAGAAUUCUCAAAAAUAUAGGAAUCGAAAAGACUAUUCUCAUGGCAUUUGUAUAAAUAUAAUAAUGCCUCUUUACUGAACUUUCUGAUUUAGCCUCAGUUUCAAUUCUCCUCAUUAGGAAAUGCGACAGAAUGAGAUUUGGGUCUUGGAGGUGUCCUUUGAUGUGGAGAUUUGGGUCUUGGAGCUGUGGUUUGAUGUGAGUGUCUCUUGUGUGUUUGAACGUGGGAUCGUUUGUACAUUCAUUCUGCAAAAAAAAAACAGUACAGCUAGUCACUCACCCUUCUAGAUAACUUGAAACAGUCUAACCAGGUCUUGUGUCUGGAAGCCACCUGCAGAUUCAUACUACAGCUAUGACAAUCAGUUUGUAUUGCUAGUAGUAUGGGUUGGGAUUAUGGUUCUUUUUUUUUUUUAGCUAGCUAGCUACAUUACACGGCCCAUCAAGUUAGCCAGUUGUAUCUGGGGGUGAUUACGGCCAUCUACUGUAUUUCAUGAACAUGUGUACAUGUCUAGACAAUAGUGACCCAUCCACUUAGCUGGAUGUGGCUGGGGAGUGGUUAUAGCAUGACCCAUCCAAUGUAAACAAGUGUGUAUGGGUAAGCAGCUGAUAAUGAUCAAAUAUUUUUAUCUGGACACUUUGUUUUUUGAUAUUGCUACUAAUCAAAUAUGUAAGUAAACAUUUCACUGUACCGUUUACACCUUUGUAUCCUGUGCAUGUGAUAAAUAAACAUCGAUAUGAUUUGAUAUAGUGUUUUUACCAGAGAAGGUCAUGUGAAGAACAACAUUACCUGCACUAAAAUCAGAUUAGGAUAUAGGCCAAGGACAAUAAAAUUGAUUUUUACCUGGAGUUUUCCUUAUUGUAGGCUAAUACUUUUACCACUUUUAGUCUUGAAAUCUUUGGUUGUUUACCACACUACCUUACUCACUUGGUUUAGCACAUGGCCUAACAUGUGAAUCCACUAAGAGAUGGGUGGGGCAAAGGCUUAAGAGGGUCUGAACAAUGCUCAAUAAGUGUAUACAAAAAAGAGCUCUCCAGAAGGUGUACCAAAACAUUGAAGGGCUAUUUUCUCAAAAGUGGGGUUACAAGUUUUUUCAAAUGUCAAAGCAUAAUUACUUUCCCAUUGUUCCUCAAUUGCAGUGUAUGAUAUACAAUUUGUAGCUCUGAGUCUCUACUUUUAUCCAAUGUAAAAAAUCAAAUAAAAAUUGACAUUUGAAUUUGAAAAACAAUUCAAAUUUUGCUACAUACACUACAUGACCAAAAGUAUGUGGACACCUGUUCGUCGAACAUCUCAUUACAAAAUCAUGGGCAUUAAUAUGGAGUUGGUCCCCCUUUUGCUUCUAUAACAUCCUCCACUCAGCUGGGAAGGCUUUCCACUAGAUGUUGGAACACUGAGAUCAAGCACUGAUGCUAGGCGUGGCUCGCAGUCAGCUUUUCAAUUCCUCCCAAAGGUGUUUGAUGGGGGUUGAGGUCAGGGCUCUGUGCAGGUCAGUGAAGUUCUUCCACACCAAUCUCAGAAAAACAUUUCUGUAUGACCCUCGCUUUGUGCACAGGGGCAUUGUCAUGCUGAAACAGGAAAGGGCCUUCCCCAAACUGUUUCCACAAAGUUGGAAGCACAGAAUCAUCUAGAACGUCAUUUUAUGCUGUAGUGUUAAGAUUGACCUUCACUGGAACAAAGGGGUCUAGCCCAAACCAAUUUUAGCUAUGGAGAUUGCAUGGCUGUGUGCUCAAUUUUAUAUACCUGUAAGCAAUGGGUGUGGCUGAAAUAGCUGAAUCCACUCAUUGGAAGGUCUGUCCACAUACUUUUGUAUAUAUAGUGUAAGACCAAAUCGAGGCGGUCGGUCACAUACCCUAUAUUACACAUAUUUUAGUUGUCUCAUUGGAUACUUUCGAAUUUCUGCAAUGUAUAGUUGUUUGAGGUCAUUUACAUUUGGAGCUAUUGACAUUUGAAAAUAUUGUCCCAUGUACAUUUUGUAAUUUAUUGAUGGUCUCUAACUAGUCCCAUAGGGAUGUCGAAUGUCAAACCCAACUGACCAUGGGCAUUAGAAUCACAUGGGCAUUAGAGUCCCAAAUUGAUGAUAACUUCGGUGCCGCCAGCUGUAGGCAGGAUUCAAAUAAACCCAAGGAAAAUUCUUACGAUAUUUCUGUGACAUACCAUUUUUCCUAAUUAUCUAGCAAAUCUCAGUUUUGGACGAGACUGACUUGAUGACCAAAAUUAUCCUAUUUACACUAGAAUAAAUGUUUUCUGAUUAAUAUCAGUGCCACAUAACCAGGUGAAGCUGGUUAAGAGAAUGCCAAGGGUGUGCAAAUCUGUCAUCAAGGCAGAGGGUGGCUACUUUGAAGAAUCUCAAAUAUAAAAUAUAUUUCGAUUUGUAUAACACUUUUUUGGGUACUACAUGAUUCCAUGUCUGUUAUUUCAUAGUUUUGAUGUCUUCACUAUUAUUCUACAAUGUAGAACAUUUUAAAAAUAAAAACCCUUGAAUGAG